GGCCGAGGGAGCACCGAGACCACGGGUCCCCCAGUGGCCAAGACGGAGCCGGAGGAGAUGGAAGCACCAGGAUGCACCGGCUCAGCAUGGCUGGUGGUCCCCAAGGCGGAGGUGACCCCCGAGGGCGACGGGGAUGAUGCGGGGAACCCAGAGCUCCACGACUCAGGGCAGUGGCUGGUGCGGAAGGUGAAGGUGGAGGAGGAGGAUGAGGCCGAGGCCUGGGCCGCCGCAGCUGGAACCGGGGCCGAGGCCCUGCUGGCUCCGCAGCCGCUGCCCGGCGCCAUCCCCCCCGACCCCGCCGGGACCCCGGGCUGCAAAGCGGAGGAGCCGUGCCCAGAGGAGCUGGAGUACGGGGUGCCGCCAGCCUGGGCGUCGGGGCCGCGCCUGGACGGCAUCGGGCUCGGCUUUGGCUCCGGGCUGGGGACGGGCGCGGGGACGAGCCCCGGAGCCGCGGGGUGCGGGCGCUGCUCCCAGCCCAGCCCGCGGCCCUUCUGCUGCCCACAGUGCGGGAAGGCCUUCGGGAAGAAGGCGCACCUGACGCGGCACCUGCGGGUGCACACGGGCGAGCGGCCCUUCCCCUGCCCGCACUGCGGCCGCCGCUUCCGCCAGCGCAUCCACCUGCGCUCGCACCUGCGCACGCACACGGGCGAGCGGCCCUACCCCUGCCCGCGCUGCGCCCGCCGCUUCCGCAAGAAGACGCACCUGGACCGGCACCUGCGCACGCACACCGGAGAGCGCCCGCACCCCUGCCCGCGCUGCGCCCGCCGCUUCUCGCACCGCCAGCACCUCCUGCGCCACCUGCGCCUGCACGGGGAGCCAGCCCCGGGGCACGGACACCGCCGUGGGGAUGGUGACGGGCACGGGGACGGCCCUGCCGAGGAGAAGCCGUUGCCCUGCCAGGGCUGUGAGAUGAGCCUCGCCUGGAAGCAGAACCCAGUGUCGCAGCUGGGGCUGCGCACGGGAGGGAUGCCAGGAGCUGGGAACGGACACCUGGAGGAGCACCAGGAUGGGGAUGGGGAUGGCCCUGCUGAGGAGAAGCUGCUCAUUUGCUCCCAGUGUGGGAUGGGCCUUACCUGGAAGCAGAACUCAUCGCACCUGUGUCAGCCCCUGGACAACCAAGGCCUCGGCUGUGACCGAGACCCCCAGCACACCCUGCAGCCCCCUCAAGAGCCCGGAGCCCAGGACCCCCAGUUCUUGUCACAGGUGCCAAGUGCUAACUGCAGCCAUGGCUGCGCCCAGGACCCCCAGCCUCUCCUGCAGGCCCCACAAGUGCCCGGUGCCCAGGACCACCAGCACCCGCCACAGGUGCCCAGUGCCAAAUGUGGCCAGGGCUGUGCCCAGGAGCCCCCGCAGCCGCCACGGGUGCCCCCUGCCCAGCGCCCCUUCACCUGCCCUCAGUGCGGGCGCGGCUUCGGGCGCAAGGCGCACCUGGCACGGCACCUGCUGGUGCACUCGGGCAACCGGCCUCACGCCUGUGCCCGCUGUGGCCGCCGCUUCAGCUCCAAGACGAACCUGGGCCGGCACCAGGCCGUGCACACGGGCCUGCGGCCCCACCACUGCGCCCGCUGCGGCCGCGGCUUCACCCGCAAAACUCACCUGGAGCGCCACAAGCGCACCCACAGCACCAGCACAGGGACGGGCACGGCCACCACCGGCGCCGGGAUGGGCACAGGGACGGGCGCGGCCACCCCCGGCACCGAGAUGGGCACGGCCACCACUGGCACGGGGAUAGGCGCAGCCACCGCUGCCACCAGCACCGGCGUAACUGGGUCCCAGAUGAGCUUGCCAGAGCCCCCCACCCUCUGCCCCUGAACACCAAGAGAUGCCAGGCGCUCCAGUGGAUGCUAGUGGUGAAUCCUUGGCACUGUGGUGUCAGGAUGUGCUGGGAGGUGCCACGGGCCCUGAUGGCUGCCGGCGGUGAGCCCUGGCACUGGGAUGUGCCAGGGGACCCAGUGGCUGCCACCGGCACAUCCUGGACACUGGGAUGUGCCAGGUUCCCUCGUGGCUGCCAGUACUGCAUCUUUGGCACCCUGCACUGGGAUGUACUGGCAUGUGCCAGGAAGUGCCGGUGCCGCAACCUGAGCACUGGGGUGUGCCGGCGGCCCUGGCAGGGGGAUCCCACAGGAUCCCACAGAAUCCUGGCCCGUUCUAGCAGCGGCAGUGGCGCCGGAGCAGCGGCCGGAGCGCUGUGGGCAGUGGCGCUGGAAAGCCCCCAGUGAGGCCGGGGACAGG